GAGCGAGUGCGUAGCAUCGAGGCAUCGACCAGCCAUCUUCAGGUCGUGCCGCACCGCGUGCGGAUUGCGCUCCUUUCCGUUUUCUAGCCUCAAUCAUGGCGGUGGGUAAAAAUAAGGGGCUUUCGAAAGGAGGUAAAAAGGGAGUUAAGAAGAAGAUUGUUGAUCCUUUCACACGUAAGGACUGGUACGAUGUUAAGGCACCGUCAGUUUUCACCCUCCGACAAGUUGGAAAAACCUUGGUCAACAGGACUCAGGGAACAAAAAUUGCUUCUGAGGGUCUUAAACACCGAGUGUUUGAAGUGUCCCUUGCUGAUCUCCAGAGCGAUAAUGAUGCCGAGAGGUCUUUCCGUAAAUUCAGACUGAUUGCUGAGGAUGUCCAGGGACGUAAUGUUCUCACCAACUUCCACGGUAUGGACCUGACCACAGACAAGCUGAGGUCAAUGGUCAAGAAAUGGCAGACUUUGAUUGAGGCUGUUGUUGAUGUAAAAACCACCGAUGGCUACAGCUUGAGGGUGUUCUGCAUUGGUUUCACCAACAAAGACCCACAGAGCUCAAGAAAGACCUGCUACGCACAGCACGCUCAGGUCAGAAGCAUCCGCAGGAAGAUGGUUGAGCUUAUUACCGAUGAAGUUAACAAGAGCGACCUGAAGGGUGUUGUCAGCAAGCUGUUACCUGAUGCCAUUGCUAAGGACAUCGAAAAGGCCUGCCAAGGCAUCUACCCACUUCACGAUGUUUACAUUCGUAAAGUUAAAGUAUUGAAGAAGCCCCGUUUUGAAUUGAGCAAGCUUCUCGAGCUUCACGGUGACGGUGGAAGCGCCAAGGGAGGAGAAGGUGGAGAAACCGGAUCAAAGGUAGAGAGACCAGAAGGCUACGAACCGCCUGUACAAGAAUCCGUCUAGGCGGGUAAUGUUCAUAACAUCUUAAACGAAAAUAAAAUCCACUUAAUAGUGAGACAAA